AAGGGAACCAGCUUCAGUCGAUUCUAUAUGGAGAAAAGUUAAAUUGCAGGAUUUUUUAAAAAUUUGGUGACGCGUUUUGCCUUUUUGACCAUUUGCAUUUCAGCAUGUUCUCCGGGAUAGUUGCGCAAUAACUUGUGCUGUAGGCUACAACAAACGGAAUUUUCCGAGCCUGUAGUUUUAUUGCCUUGUCACAUGUAUCAGAACAUCUCAGAACAUCUCGUCGGGCUCUCACUCUCUCUCCUGCUCAUGUUUUUUCUCUCUUUUUGCCAAGAUAAUGGAUUACCAAUAGCCUGAUGAAGACACAUCAUAGAGAGGUGCAGUAAAAAAAUGUUAAACAGGUGGCAGAUCCAGCAACAGUUCAAGCUGUCCUGAUCAUCCUGUGCCACAAUAACAGGCUGCCAUCUGAGAGACGCUGAGAUACAGUGCGCAGUCUCUCAGCGCUGUUCUCCAGCAUCAAACCCCAGAGCAACGCACAGCGGAUACUCUGGCGUUACAGGUUUGUCGACAUGCAAACCUGAAGACCGUUCUGGAAAUCAAGUAGAACAUUUAGAGAGGACGGAAAAACACUUUUGGAACAUUAAUCAGUGGGGGGAAGUGAGUCUUUGUUACUCGUUUAUCCUUUGCCGAACUAUCCUCAGAAGGUCAGAGGAGCGUGUAACCGAAACAAGUGGAGCUCUCUGUGAUUUCAGCAUUCUGUCUCCCCCAUCUGUGCCUACAUUCGCCGCUACAGAUAGGGACGUUUUUUGAUAAUUACAUGUAAUUAUAAUUUCUGUGGGAGACAGAUCUGCCUCUGUCUAUUAUUGCCAACACCUCCAACACAAUAACUUCACACAUUUACAUAUUUCUCCACAAAAGUGAUAUUCUUUGAAGACAAAUCAGGAAUAAUUUUACUUAGAGAGACAUGUCACAUGAAGACAAAAUGUGCCAUUCAGUUCAUAUCUAAUUAGUAAAACGAUUGAAUGACACGGGUAACUUUUUGUGCCUAAAAGCUGAAUAGAGAGCAUUUAAAAUCUGUGACGUUUGCCUCACUUUGCAAUAUUUUUCACAAGCUGGGAGUCAUUUUCUUGUUUUAUGCUUACUCCUAAAUUUUAGCUGCGACCGUCUUCUAGCACCUAAACUGAGCCUUCCUCAUUAUUCACCAUCGGCCAAAUCACAGUAACAGUCUGUGUGGAUGCUCAAUAAUCCAAUCAUAGAGAAGAUUGACAUAAAGUACACAGUGUAUCUAUAGAUGUGAUGAGUGCCUAGAACAAGAUAUCAUGGAGAAAGGUCUGUGUCUCAGAGAAACGAAGCAUCAUUACUUACAGUUUCCGUCAGUGGUGCAGUCUGUUAAUCUCAUGUGAUUGUUAUUAAGAAAUAUAGAAUUCAUACAUUUUUCAAGAAGGGAAUUGCUUACAGCUUAAAUAAGUGCCAAUCUGAAUGUGCCAGACUGAAAUAGUCAACCAGGAAUCAACAAAACAAAUACAAUAGUUUACAUUUGAUAAAACAGUGGCCAUAGACCAUAGUUCAAGUGCCAUGGUCAGUAAGAAUGUAUAGGACUGCCAUAUUUUAUUGAAAAUCCUUGCUACUCCUCUUUACUGGCCUUUUUGGUUACAAAUUAAUUCCAUCCAGCAGUACGUCAGAGACCUGUUCUUUUGUUCAGCGGGAAGUGUGGAACAAGGCAUUAAGGACUAAAAGCAUGAAGAUUGUUGUUUUCAAUUUGUCCUUUUUACAAAGCCGCAUCCAUUUUAGUCUUCUAGACUUGAAAGGGCAAAAGAUGAAGUCAUUACGCAUUCAGAGUUCCUUUCUAGCAGUAAAUUAAAACCAUUUUAAUACCAUUUGUCGACAAUUAUUGAAACCUACCAACUGUUUUUUUUUUAGUGGUAGACCUUUCCAUUUGUAUUUUUCCUGACCUUUUGUAAUAUUACUCCAUAUAAAUAAUCAAUUUCUCAAAAAAAACCUAAAACCAGGCUUUACAUUUCACCAUCUAACAUUACUGAAUGAAACUACUGAUACAUCAUAAAUAUUCAGUAGGUUGUACAUGCUACUUGAAUAUUUCACAUGCCAUUUUAGUGGGUUAAACGACAAAAGCGGAUACUGCAUUGACUCAACAACAGAAAAUAGAUCUCUUAGUCAUGUAAAAAUGACGCCCACCACCAAUCUUCGAGUCCUCGCUGUCUCCCUGCUCUCCCUCCUCUCCCUCCUCACCGCCCCUCUCACCACUGUUGUGGAGACCUCUCCGUCCCCCCCUCCUCAGCAAAUAGACUCCCCAGGGAGUCCUUUCUUUGAGCAGCCAAAGACUAGCCCAAGUCCCCCUCUCCUGCUCCUUGCCAUGCAGGCCAACAUCAGGCCAGCUGCUCUUCAAGGCAGGACCAAAGCACCCGAGAAACUUCCAGAAACCUCAAAUCUCGAGGAGCCUCCGAGGCCCCUUCCCCAGGUCAUGUUCCCCAAAAAUGUGACUUCAUCGAAGGCCCUUGCACCUCCCUUAGGCGCUGCCCAGGUAGCGCCCAUACCACCCCGUAUGAUGGAGGUAUGGAAUGAUGUAUGUCGGGGUUAUUAUGACGUCAUGGGACAAUUUGAUAUCGCUUUCAAUUGCUCAAAGGACACAUUCAUCUUUUGCUGUGGAACCUGCCACUACCGCUUCUGCUGCCCAGACCGAAACCAGCAACUGGAUCAAGAUAUUUGUAAAAACUAUUACUCUCCAGACUGGGCCAAGCCACAGACAGACCCAAUGAUGUUGCCAGAGGAAUUAGGUCCUGACCCUGACUUUGAUCCACUGAAGCAGCAGAGUCACAACACGGGAUUCGUCAUUGGUGGCGUGAUCGUGUUUAUGGUGGCUGUCGCUGUGGGCAUCAAGGUGGUCUUCAACAAGGUGCAACAGGAAGCCAACCAACGGGACCUCAACAUGCCCAGAGCCCUGGUUGACAUGCUGCGGCACCAGUCGAGCCCUGUCCAGAAAGAUGAGAGAAACAACAGCGUGGCUCUGGCUGUAGGGGACGGGACAGGGACACUGGGGAGACCUCCGAAAAAUCUUUACGCCCCAGGAUUGCCGAGCAAGGACAACAGAUUGGGAAAUAUUCAGCACAAUUUCAUCCACUCUUCAGGCACCAGCCCCAAACACACCGCGACUAUCGAACGCACCCCCCGGAUGAACAAUGCUCAGCUGGCAGCUGGAGGCACCCUGCUUUCCAGUAAACACAACAACACCAAAUCCCAGCCGGCCUUCCACCACUCCCUUCACAACCUUGCUCAGCUGCCGCCCUCCUACGAGAGUGCCACCAAGCCUGAGCUCAACAGAUACUCCUCACUCAAACGCCUCGAGAAAGGUCUUGAUGAGUACUCGUCUGGUUACUGCACCACCAAGCGCCGGCCUCACACUGCACAGCCGGCCCUCCAAUCCUCCCAGCAUCACCUCCACUGGGGUGGUGACUACACCUUGAGUGGGAGAGGAACCCUUCCUCGGCACGCAGUCCGUCCCUGGAUCCCACCUCCGCCUUCUGGCAUGCCGGCUUCACCCACCCCCAAUCCUUACCCUCUGGAUCCCCCGGAGCCCCAGUACAACCCCAACUACGAAACACUCUCCAAGCCCAGGAAAGUUAAAUCCAGUGACCAGCUGCUCAACAUGGGGGACGUCCCUGGCAACACGGGGACACUGUCCAGGUUGUCCAAGAACCAACAACACCAGUAUUACAAAGCCAUGGUUGCCUCCAACAAGAAUUCCAACACGCAGACACUCACCAGGAAGACCCAGGACAGGCAGGGGAGGCAGGAGAGAGAUGGGAGACAGGAGAGAGAUGGGAGGCAGGAGAGAGAUGGGAGGCAGGAGAGAGAUGGGAGGCAGGAGAGAGAUGGGAGGCAGGACAGAGAAGGGAGACAGGAGAGAGAGGAACGGCUGCUCAUGUCCCCGGACCAUUUGGAGGACAGGAUGGGGGUCGGCGGGAUAGGGGUCGUAGAUCCGUACGCCCACACAGGAGGGGUUGUCCCUACGCUGCCCCGCCAGCAGAAGGCCCAGUCCCAGCAGAAUGUCUGCGCCACCCCCUCCCUCGACCGACACCACAUGAUCAAGAUGAACUCUCAUCCCACAUCCGGACGCGAGCAGGAGAGGAGCACACCCAUGACGGGCCACAUGAGUGGAAACAUGGGCUGGGCGGGGGAAGGGCCUGGGGCUGGGGUAGUCAUGGGAACGGGAACACUAGGGGGCCACAGUGCCAGGAGGAUGGCUUUCGCUACAAAAAGGCAGAACACCAUUGAGCAGCUACAUUUCAUACCAGGAGGGGGUGGCGGGGGCUCGUCAGGGAGUGCAGGAGGGAGUCAGGGGAUCAGGACGGGGAGCAAAAAUGAGGUGACGGUGUGAGGUUUGUGCCUAAUGUAGAGUUUACCCCUGAUCAAAGGUAUGGGAGUAGAUCACCCUUCUGCAUUUAACUAUUAGAUAUAUAACUACAAGAACUAGAAGUAUAAAAUAUAGUAACAUUAGAACGUGUUUAGGCUAUUCAAAUUAGUGUAUUCUAGUAAUUCAAUAGCUUAAAUAUGAUUAAUCCGUAAAAAUUCUAGGUGGGGAAUGUCUGUACCACUUAUGUGAUAGCCUACAUCAGCCAUAUUUUGUAACAAAGUUUGCCAUAUACAGCGGUGCCAUUACUUGUAGAAAGAUUGAAAGGGUGAAACAAAACCAACAGAAGUGUCGUUCAUUAUUUAGUUUUUAUAUGUUUUUCAAAAAGUACUCAGGAGCCAUAUUAGAUAGGGAACUAGAGGAUAUAUAUAUAGAGAUAGAAGAGGUCGAUGCAGACGAGGAGCAUGUAAAGUAUUCUAUCACAGAAUUUAACAGAGAAUUGAACCAACUACCUGCUGGACUGUCAACGUGCUCAGCUCUCGCCAACAUUGAUUGAUUAAACUGAACCUCAUGGGUGUGCAGCCUGGUGGACUAAAUGAGUGGGAGUGAACCAUGUGCCUGGAGAGGGAUUCUGGAGAUCUGAUACUCAACCUCAUCCUGACACAGGGAGACAAAACAGAUUUUUGGUUGCUUCCUUUGAUAACGAGCGGCCGAGGUGGGGGCUGUUAGCGACUAGGACACAACAGCCUGUUUGCAGGACUCCGCACCUGAUUUUGAAAGCGCGGACAUACCCACAUCACCAAUCUGACGCCUGGGUUGCCUAGUUUUCCAUGUGACCUUAGAUCCAAUCCCCAGAGAGACUCACUCUGAUCACUGUUACACAGCAUUAGUGUAACCUGACGUUAGAUAACAUUAUGGGUGAUUUUUUCCCCUAACGUUCCCAUCUAUAGAUCAGGACCUAACUGUAAGAACAUUGGGCUGCCAAAUAAUAUAGAGCCAUCUGUCACGUUAUUACAAAAAUAUCUUGACAAAAACAUAGACGAGCCAGGCGAUGCAUGUGUUCAGUUUACAAAUAAAGAGGCAACUUGCUUUAAUUGCAGGUUGUGAACGAGGAGCAAAGGUUUUUCUACAGAGCACAAAUGAAUAGACGUAACUGUCCUUCAAAGCCAUUUAUGGAGAUACAAAGUAAAUACCACAGAGGAAGCUGGUCUGACAAUCACCAUUUUAUUAUUCUCACCAGGUGACAAAUUACAAAAGGCAGAUAUUUUGUACAGUCAAAGGAUUGGCUUCAGAGCAAGCCAAAAAAAACCUCUGAGUCAGAAGAGAGAGGGCGACCUGAGGCCUUCUCCUGCAUGGCUCAUAUGCCGUAAGAGACUCGGAUGAUUAGGAAGCCCUCCCCAUCCUCAAGAGGAAGACCUUGCUGUAUCAUAACGCACUUCAGCCAGUAUGAGUAAAAAAAGAAAAAAACAACAAAAAAAAGAAAAGAGAAAAAAAAAUCUUCAUCAAUAACAACACUUAUCAAUACUAAGGGCUAUCCUAUCCUAUAUACUGUAGUAUGUGAUAUCUGUGGUCCAUAUAAAAUACUAUCUCUUUCUCUUGAUUUUGUGUUGAUAUUGUCAUGUUGUAUUAAGUAUUACUGUGUACAAAAAACAA